AGGAGUAAAAGGGGAAGGAGGAUUCGGGGCCGUGGGCGGGGCCUGACAGCUUGUGCCCGCCCCCCUGCGCCGGGCACUAGAGCAGGAGGUGUAGCAGAAGAAGAGGACUAAGGAAGUAAAAAUUCUGUUAGAGAGUAAGUUAACAAAGCACAGGUUUGGCUUGGAAUAAAAAAUGAACAAACCUAUAACAUCUUCAACAUAUGUGCGUUCCCUCAAUUUUGGACUAAUUAGGAAGCUAUCAGAUUUUAUUGAUCCUCAGGAAGGAUGGAAAAAGUUAGCAGUAGCUAUUAAAAAACCAUCUGGUGAGGAGAGAUACAAUCAGUUUCACAUAAGGAGAUUUGAAGCAUUACUUCAAACUGGAAAAAGCCCCACUUGUGAAUUACUGUUUGACUGGGGCACCACAAAUUGUACAGUUGGUGAGCUCGUGGAUCUUUUGGUUCAAAAUGAUUUUUUUGCCCCUGCAAGUCUUUUGCUACCAGAAGCUGUUCCCAAAUUUGUUAAUACAUUACCUUCUAAAGAAACUGUAACCACCCAGCUGAAACAGAUUCCUCUCUCUGGCAAAGACAGGACAUUUGUGAUACCUGUGCAGAAUCUAGAACAAAAUUACAUGCCACCUGACUCCUCAAGUCCAGAAAAUUUUAGUGAUACGCGUUUCUACAGCUUUUCAUUCUAUGAAUUGAAGAAUGUCACAAACAACUUUGAUGAACGACCCAUUUCAGUGGGUGGUAAUAAAAUGGGAGAGGGAGGAUUUGGAGUUGUGUAUAAAGGCUAUGUGAACAACAGAACUGUAGCAGUGAAAAAGCUUGCGACGAUGGUUGACAUUAGUACUGAAGAACUGAAGGAACAGUUUGAACAGGAAAUAAAAGUAAUGGCAAAAUGUCAACAUGAAAACUUAGUAGAACUACUGGGUUUCUCUAGUGAUGGAGAUGACCUUUGCUUGGUGUAUGUUUACAUGCCUAAUGGUUCAUUACUGGACAGACUGUCUUGCUUGGAUGGAACUCCACCACUUACUUGGCACAUAAGGUAUAAGAUUGCUCAGGGGGCAGCAAAUGGCAUCAGUUUUUUACAUGAAAACCACCACAUUCAUAGAGAUAUUAAAAGUGCAAAUAUCUUAUUAGAUGCGGACUUUACAGCUAAAAUAUCUGACUUUGGACUUGCACGGGCUUCUGGAAAGUUUGCCCAAACAGUCAUGACUAGUAGAAUUGUGGGAACAACGGCUUAUAUGGCUCCUGAAGCUCUGAGAGGAGAAAUCACACCCAAAUCUGACAUCUACAGCUUUGGUGUGGUUUUGCUAGAAAUAAUAACUGGACUUCCACCUGUGGAUGAAAACCGUGAACCUCAGUUAUUGCUGGAUAUUAAAGAAGAAAUUGAAGAUGAAGAAAAAACUAUUGAUGAUUAUGUUGAUAAAAAGAUGAAUGACAUCGAUUCCACAUCCAUUGAAAAUAUGUACACUGUUGCUACUCAGUGUCUGCAUGAAAAGAAAAACAAGAGACCAGAUAUUAAGAAGGUUCAACAGCAACUGCAAGAAAGGACAGCAUCUUAAAACUUGGCCUUUAAAACUCUUGGCUUUUCAUCUAUAGCUCUCCAAGACAUGUUUUUAAUUAAAUUUUUUGUAAACCUUCUUGUCUUUACUGGAAGCAUAUAUAUUAUUACAGCUUAUGUAGCACCCCCAGCAUAUAGAACAAACAAAAGCAGAGCUACCAUGUUGCUGCUUAGCCCUACCUUCCCACUGCUACCCCAGUUCUUAUAGCAGUCUCUAAGACAUCUCGAACCACACCAAACAGUUUGCAAACUACAGGAUUAACAAAAAAAGUACUGAACCACAGGUUGAAAGGACCCAUCACUGAAACCCAACUCAACUACUAAUUGGCUGUAAAAUUCCCAGUGUCUUUGAAACUUGAUAUUUUAUUUGUGUGACUUUGGACUAAUAUUUGCUGUCUCUCUGAUGGUUAUAAAAUCCUAUUGCCAUCAUUAUCUGUGGCAUCAUCUUCAUAGUGUGCUAUUUUAAACAAUCCUUCACCACAACCCAAUAUGCCCUGACGGUAUGUCAUUUUCAGUGAAGUUCUAUGGCAGAGUUGAAGGAACUUUGCAGAUGCUGACUUAAAGUAUCCACAGGGAUACAGAAGUAGUGAAACUGAGAGUCUGUUGGCCUUGAGAAAGUAAACCACUGGACUAAAAAGAGUCACAUUGGCUGAGAUAAAGGGUGGCCUUAGAGAUGAGAGCUACCUUCCAGUUACUAGCAAGGAAGACAAAAUCCAUACCACAUAGGGGUUUCUGUUGAGAUUAACUAAGUCAUUUAAUUUAGUUUUCAUUUCAGCUAGCAAAUGCUUCUGAUAGCUUAGUUUACAAAGGUAAUUUGAAAGGAGUACUGUCUUCCCUAAGAAGGCAUUUAGGAAUGUCUAAACAGUGUAUAGCGAAUAAUCAUUUGCUAUGGCCAGUGUAAUCACUUCACAUAAUUACUUUUUCUUAUUUUUGAUAUUUUAAUGUACUCUCCUAGUAAGUUCAAACAUAGAA